GGCCUUUGAAGAGAAAAACUGUGGGCUGUUUCACUGAGUCGUCUGAUUCAAUUCAACCAUCUUGAAAGUUGAAACAGAUAAUAAGAGUCAAACCUCGUUUCUGUUGAAUGAAGUACAAAAAGGAGGGAAAGGCGGUUUGUCUUAGGUGAGAAAUGAGAAUAAAAUGAAAACCAGUGCAGUAGCCCACUGGAAAAUAACAGAAUGAUUCAAGUAACGCCUUUUGGAAUGGAAGCAAAGGACUUUUUAAGUUCGUCUCGUCAAUCAAAAGAAGCAGCAGCAGCUUUUCACGUCGCCUGAGAGUAAAGAAAUUGACUGAUCAAAUAAUGAGGAGGUUUUUUACAAGCACAGCAAGAAGAAGAUGCAGCACCAAGAACAUUGCGUGGUGGGAUCAUGUCCUUCCUGCUCCUAAGGACCCCAUUGUUUGUGUCACCGAAGCAUUUCAUGCUGAUUCUUCUCCCAACAAGAUCAAUCUUGGCGUGGGAACUUACAGGGAUGAUGAAGGCAGGCCUGUUGUGCUUCAAUGUGUUAGAGAAGCAGAGGCCAGGAUUGCGGGAAGUCGGUUCUUGGAGUCAAAUUCUGCUGCAGUUAGUUCAAAAAUGGUCGAGGAGAGUGUAAAAUUGGUUUUUGGACAGGAUUCAGAUGUUGUUAAUGAAGAGAGGUUUGCUGGAGUUCAAGCUCUGUCUGGCACUGGUGCAUGCCGCCUGUUUGCUGAGUUUCAAAGGCGUUUCCAUCCGGAAUCACGCAUUUAUCUGCCUGAUCCGACUUGGUCCAACCACCACAACAUCUGGAGGGAUGCCCAAGUUCCAGCAAAAAAUUAUCACUACUACCAUCCUGAUUCGAAGGGUUUAAACUUUUCAGCGCUCAUAGAUGAUAUUAAGAAUGCACCAGAUGGUUCUUUUUUCUUACUCCAUCCUUGUGCCCACAACCCAACUGGGGUGGAUCCUACUGAGGAUCAGUGGAAAGAAAUCUCAUAUCAAUGCAAGGUGAAAAAUCAUUUCCCCUUCUUUGACAUGGCUUAUCAAGGUUUCGCCAGUGGGGAUCUCGAGAAAGAUGCCCAAGCAAUAAGGAUUUUUCUUGAAGAUGGACAUUUAAUAGGAUGUGCGCAGUCCUUUGCAAAGAACAUGGUAUUGUAUGGACACCGAGUUGGCUGUCUCAGCAUUCUUUGCAACGAUUCAAAGCAAGGGGCUGCAGUUAGAAGCCAGUUGCAGCAGAUUGCCAGUGCAAUGUAUGGCAGUCCUCCUGUUCAUGGUGUGUUACUGGUCUCAACAAUCCUGAGUAAUCCAGAUAUGAAGUCACUUUGGAUUGAAGAAGUGAAGAUGAUGUUAUAUCGCAUACAAAAAAUGCGGACAACCCUACAGGAAAGUCUUGAAAAUUUGGAUUCUCCUCUUAAUUGGGAAAAUAUAACUAAGCAGGUUGGCUUGUUUUUCUUCUCUGGCUUAACCCCGAAUCAGGUUGAGCAGCUAGCGAGGGAAUUCCAUAUAUACAUGACUCGUGAUGGACGUAUAAGCAUGUCUUGUGUGACUACAGGCAAUGUCAAUUAUCUAGCAAAUGCCAUACAUGAAGUCACCAGAUCUAGUAAAGAAGAAACCAAGAUUCUUUGCAACAUUGGUGCAUAGCAAAUCAUUUUUAUCUGAUGCCGAAAGUUUUAGAUGCAUAUUGUCCCGCCAACAUCGUAUACGAAGACAUAGAAAACUACAGUUGUUUAACACACUACUUAUUAUUAUCAGUCCAAUGCACUUGUAGCAGAAAUUCAAACUCUUAACAUACUCAAGAACAUUGUACAUAGCUUUAGUGAUUUCAUAAAUGAAUUUCUUGUUUGGAUUUGAAGUCGUCAUGAAAAAUCCCACGUUUCUUUCAAGUUUCAUUACUCUUCGUUGGCAGAUCUGUGCACAAUAUUACAUUUAAAAUAUCAAAGAUUAGUUAAAUCCUUAAAGCUUUCAUAAUAUAGUAUGUUGUUUUGAUGAUCAAGAAUGGGCAAUCUGUCACCACCACC